AUGGAGUCGGCUGAGAAGCUCCGAGCAUUACUGGGGUCCAGCGUGGACUUGCCGGAGCGACUCGGAGACGAAAAAGAUCGCCAAACGUACCUCUUCUUCAUGAAGAGUGUAUUGACCGGUUUAGAUGUCAGUGAACACAAACGCGACAUUAUCUGUGCACUCAAAGUCCUCCGCCCGUCGGAUCAGCUCCGUGAAUUGAUUCGAGCCGUCUCGGCAGCACCCGAGGGCUUCAGAAAACUCGCCCUCGUCUACUUGCUCAGUACAAUACUGACUCGAGAUUUCCUGGCCAAACUCUUCCAAGAGCAUCUCCCUCGCUAUAGCUCAAAGAUCACCUGUCAAGCACUAUCGAAUCUUCCGUCGAAACUCGCCAACGAACUCAAGUCUGAGCUGCCCGCUCCCUUCAGCGAAAAACGCUUCGCGAAACUGUUAUCAUCAGCUAUUUCCGAUCACCUGGACAGGAUGGCUGAGAAUCUCCGCCGGAAUAUCGACAACGAUUCAAUCAUGAUUUCAACCUUAUUCGGCAUGUUGGCUCGUCAUCACCACGAGUCACUGGGGUCACUCGUCCCAUCGAUUUUGGACAGGUCGAAAGAUUUCGUUUUCCGAACUGUGGCGCAACGUCUAGUCAGAAAUGUUCCUGCAGAGCUAAAAGAGAAUUUGGUUAUACUCAUUUGCUACAGAACGCCUUGCUACAAGCAGAUCGACUGGCUCCUCGAAGACACCGUUGUCACGGAUUCGAACAUCGAGCACAUCCUAGUGCAGAAGCUCCUCCUGGGUAGAUAUUUCCAUUGUGAUCGAGUCGUGCGCAACGUCUUCGGAUACUUGCUGAGCUCCCCGGCGCGGAAAGCCAUAGCUUGUAGAGCUGUCGUCGAAGUGUUCCAUGCCUGGGCGGAUAAGGUGUUGAUGCGACAUCAGGACAUGCAGCAGCAGUUUUAUUUGACCAGUGCGCUUCUGGUCGUCUGUGGAUUCUUAAAGAACGGUUUCAAACUCGGUCCCCAGUCGGAGGAAGCCUGCGUCAAAGCCUGUCUCCACGGAGUGCAGAACCAUCUAGGAGAUCCCGAUGACACGUUGAGGAACUUCGGCAUGAUCGUCGGACAGGAAUUCUUGGGAGCUGUGAAGUCUCAAAUCAAGAAACCGGACUUUCCGAUCGCACCAGGCCACGGGGAGCUCCUCGCUUAUUUGGAAACCUACAAAGAAACUGUGGAAACGGGAACGCUCGAAGCCAGAGGAGAGGACCCGCAAGAGGCAACUGCUGUGGAUAGCGACGACGAUUCAGAGCCAGAUGACGAUGACGACGUCGUAUACAAAAUUGAUCCCGCAUGUAAAGUUCCUCUGUAUCUUCGGGACGCUCUUCAACUUCUCAUUCCCGGGAAAGACGGUGAACAUUUAGAACAGAUAAACAUCUGUCUCGAGCAUUUACCUCAACUGAUCAAAAAGUAUCCCCAUGAGCUCAAAGAUAUUGCCGAACAACUCUGUAGGCUGGUGCUCUUCGCGGAAGAGGCACCGCGCGUGUUUCCGAAGAUGCAAGCGUUGAAAAGAGAAGCCCUGGUCCUGCUCCUGAUCCACGCUCCGCUGACGUGUUCCACGUACCUGAUAGAUACAUUCUUCAGUAUCCACGUGAAUCAUCGGUAUCGCGUGGAAAUUCUCUCGGCAAUAAUGUUAGCCAGCGAUCGAUUCACGAACGAGGACCCGAAUGUCAACGUGCCCGACGGGAAGAAACCUCGUGAUGUCACUGGAUUGAAGGCUUCGAAUAUCCACAGGAAUCUGGAUCGACUCGUAAGCAGCGGAGGGAAGAACAAAACAGAAUGGUCCAGCGACUGGGAGGAUUCGUUGGAAGACAGUGACCAAGUGCUUCAGAAACAUUGGCGCGAGGUUAUCGAGGAAAGAAUCGCCGGGAAAACUCGUAAAAUCGCAUCUGGAACCGAAAUCAAAACCAGAGAAAAUCGUUUCGGUCAGGUCGUCGGCCAUUUUUUCUAUCCCCUGAUGAGACAUGUUGAUGCAGAGGUUCCCCUGAAACUCGAGACCGACGACAGCUUCCUCCUGGUUAAGCUGUUGCAAACUCUGGGCGUUUUGAUGAACUCAGCCCGGAACACCCCGCAGGCUUAUCAGAUGGGGAAAAGCCUCUUACAGUUCUGUGGACUAUUCCGCUAUCACGAGCACCAGAUGAUUCGUCAAGCUUGUGCUUUCGCUGUUGGUUCUGUGCUCUCAUCGGUUCCCGAAGAACUCUUGCAAGAGCAUUUCUCCGAAGAUUGCUCAGACCUUAGCCAAUGGGUCACCGGUGAGAUCGCAACGAGCGUCCCAGACUUCGAGAUGAAACUGCCCUCGGUCGGAAGCGAAGUCUCCGCCGGACCGAUAGCGAUGAAUUCCAGGCGGAUUCAAGAACUCACUUAG